UCACCUGCGCCCAUCUACGACGGGUAGCUCGGCCUUGGGAUAUAUCGGUGCACUCCAAUACAUUUUCUGCAUGGUUGAUGUUGAUUUUCUUGUUGGCCAACAUCUAUCGUUUUUGCACCCGAUUUAGGUGCGUCUCUGAGGAUAUUGAGAGUCCUCGUACAGCAUCAUGGCACGGACACAACAGUCAAGCUUCAACCUUUCCUCACCGCACUCUUCAAGCGCCGGGGCCGAGUCUUUCAAAGGCACGCCAGACACGAGACUCACGGUGUUCUCCCCCCGUGUACUCUCGACCAAAUCGACCCGUUAUGCCCACUCCUGUGGCCUUAUUCCUCCAAGCACCGCCCCAGUUAGAUUCUGCGACGACGUCACUGAAAGCCCUCAGCUGCUCACCGAUAGGGACCCUUUCAUAACUACAAGCCAGACGGCUAGUGCCGCGUCCCAGCUGUCCCCGACUGCUUCCAGCUUCCACCCCCGUCCGGUGCCGCCUAACAAUACCGACUACUCGUCUAGUGCGAGCUUGUCGAUGUCCCAUACAGAUGCCGUCAAUUAUGAUGACCAUGUCCAAACUCGCUGUCUCGUCUUAUCUUCUCCCUACCGGCAGCUACUGCCAAUUGAUGCUGUUGCGUUUCUUUUGAAACUAGAGCAGCUCGGAAUUUUGAUCCCUGCUCCGAGACUCGUCAUCGACAAGGGCGGUCAAAUCUAUGUACACUUUGCCGACGUGCAGAGCGCUGUCGCGGUCCAUGAUCAUGUUUCUCGCGCCGCUGUCAAGUGCGAGGCGUCAUACCUUUCUGAGUCCGAGUGGCGGAAGGACAUGACAUCCGGCGGUGGAAUAUUUCCGAAAUGCCAAGUAGCAAUUCUCGCUUUAACAGCACCGCCUUCUUUCUCAGACCCGCGGUAUGCCGAACUCACUAUUCAGGAUAUUCUUCGAUCUCAGGGAAGUUUCUCGGCUUACCGGCGGCUCAUGGAUGAUGGUGGACCCGGUAUGCAUGCAGGCGUUGCCGAAUUCUUGACAACCGGCGCUGGCACAGCAGCGGUAGCCGCGCUCAAUGGCCGCACCGUCCAGGGAAUUGUUCUGCACCUGGCGGUAGUCCAGAGUGAUGGUCUCAUGUCUUCCAGGGAGGUCCACAACGGCCAUCCCGGGACCUCUUCUCUACGUGUCCCGGGUCUUGACUUGCCAUUUGAGUAUCCACGUCUUUCGUUGUCGACGUCCGUGCAGGGCACUCCUCCGGUGGACCACCGCAACUUCCUUCCAGCCUCGGGUCCACUAUAUUCUCCCUCUGGACCUCAGCCCCAGCCUCCUUGGGGCGCGUGGCCCGUAUUUGGGCAGUCUUUUUAUCGGCCGAGUCUUCCGUAUAGUCUCGGUGAUGGCCAUCCAGUUUCCGGAGUUCCUCUGUUCCCACACAGUAACCGCACUCCUCCGGCGUCUCAUAUACCACAUGCGUCGACCAUGCCGCAAAGGAAGAGACACAGCCAACUACGGCAUAUCCUGGGGUGCACUAGCACGGAUGCUGGCCCGCAAAGUGCUCUCAGGGUCAGCAGGGCCCAGUUCCGCAACGCACCCAGUCACCACAACCAUGUCGACAUCAAUAAGAUUUGUGAAGGGACAGAUGUCCGCACAACGAUCAUGCUCCGCAACAUUCCCAAUAAAGUGGACCAAGCCAUGCUGAAGCGCAUCGUGGAUGAGUCUAGUUGGGGUAAAUACGACUUCAUGUAUCUACGCAUCGACUUCGCGAACGACUGCAACGUUGGAUACGCCUUCAUCAACUUCGUUGAUCCGCUCGAUAUAAUUGACUUUGUGAGAACGCGCGGCAACCAACGUUGGAAUUGCUUUAAAAGCGACAAGGUCGCCGAAAUAUCCUACGCCACCAUCCAAGGCAAGGAUUGUCUCGUGCAAAAGUUUCGUAACAGCUCUGUUAUGCUCGAGCCAGCUCAUUAUCGGCCCAAGCUGUUCUACACUUCGAAUGGACCAAUGCCCCGUUUAGCGGGACAGGAGGAGCCAUUUCCCUCGCCGGACAAUCAAUCUAAGAUGAAACGAAGCUGCGAGAACGCGGAACACGUCGGACUCUUCACUCCAAACGCUAGCCAACAUUUUCGUGAUCAGCAGCGUCGUAGGCGAUCACAAUACGAUCGUGGUACGAGACUCGCGGCACUUGAAGAACAUGAGCUGGAAUCAACUACCCAGCCAUAUACACACUUUGGCUAGUAAUAUGAACACGUGAAUGAGGAGAGUACUAGACGCCUAUCGGACUAGCGAAAUCUGAGCCUGAUGUAAGACUGGUGGAUCGGGAGUCGUCGUAAUAGAAGUCUUACAUUUAGUAUAUACUAGUACUACUGGCUUUAUAUUAUUUUAUUCUAUUUGUUUUUUAGCUUUAUAAGUAGAGGC